AUGCUUCGCAGGGAAGGUAUUCUGUUUGAUAACAUUAGACUGACUCGUAGGACAGACCCCGUCUCAGAAUUGCGCUCGUCUCCGAUCUUUGAGCCAGACUUUCCCAAGGCUAGUUAUGACGAAAGUAUGUCUGAGGCUCGCGCUUGGCUAAAACGUAAUCGCGGCGCUAGUGAGGAUGUGGUAUUGCAGUUCGGCAGAGGAUUGGAUGUAUUCUACAACUGGGCGAUCAACAUGUCCACAGCUGCUGGUGCUGAUGGUCGUGAUGGUCAGGCCCUGGUACGGCAACGCGCUUUCUUCCGCAUGGACUAUUGUAUUAAUAGCAACUCAGAGCUUGAAGCCUGCACCGCUGUGCGCACAAAAGAGGUCCAGAUGGAAAUCACUAGCUUAAAAGGUGAUGAUUUCACAGCUCUUGAUGCCAGUCGAGUAGUCAAAAAUGACUUCUCGGUUGGGAGAAAGCUCGAACUGAUUCAGCGGCCCGACUUUGUUGAGGUGGGAACUAAAACCUAUUCCAAUUGGGACGAAUGUAGUUCGAAGUGUGUACACCCUGCUGACGAGGGACAGUAUAACGCUACAUGCCGGCCCAAGUUCGACAGGUCUUACCUCAUCGAGAAUGGGUUUUGUUUUCCUCCGCUAGAGGAGGGCGACACUAUCGUAUGUCUCCGUGUAAACGAAGACCUGGGGGGUUACAUAGGCAUAGUUGCGUAUUUAGCUAGCGGGCAGGACGACGUUGGGAGUGUGGAGUAUGACCGAGUGGAACCUGACUCCGGCUCUAGGAGGCUAAUUUGGGCGUCACCUAUUAUGUAUAUAGGCGAUGUACUGAAGAUUAUUAGACAAACUGACAUAUGA